GUAUACCGAUGCAUCCAAGCUGAGAGCAAUGCUUUCUCUUUCUAUCUUUCACGGAAUCUGGAGUAUUUUCUUUUAUUUUCAAUAGCAAUCAAAAAGCCUUAUGAUAGUCACUACUGUAUUCUCAUAUGCACUUAAGUAGAAACGAGCUAUUCCAUAAAAAUAACGUCGUAAUAAGUGCGCGCAAAAGGCUCCUUGCUCGUAGCAUAUUCCCAUUUUCCAAUUUACCCAAACGAGCCGAAAAGUAAACAAAGCCUGAUCUCUGACAGAUCGGCAAUAUUUAACGAUAAAUAAUCGUAUCACCAUCUUUUCCCAUAACCUACUUGCCUUCCUAUUGAUUGAUUUUAGCAGUCUAUCUAUACAGAACAUUUCGCCCUCCAUAUAUCUCGCUAGCUGAGUAAAUCGUACGCGGAUCAACUAAUGUCAUCAUUCUCCCCGCACUUCGCCGGCAAGGUCGUCCUCAUCACCGGCGCCGCCGGCGGUAUCGGUCGCGCCGUGACCGAGAUAUUGCUACAAGCUGGUGCAGUAGUAUGCCUAGGCGACGUUGACACCGCCGGCUGCGAUGCGAUCCUCGCACCUUUUCUCGAGAAGAAUCGCAGCACAAAGCAUUUGGUCUACGCGCUCGACGUCACUGCCUCGACCUCAGUACACGGGUUUGUGAAAGCGGCUGUUUUUGCUUUCGGAAGGGUUGAUUGCGCGUUUAAUAACGCUGGAAUUCUCAGCUCGGGAAAGCCUCUAGCGGAGGUGGAUGAGUCGGAAUACGACCGCGUGGUGGGGAUAAAUAUGAAGGGCGUGUUUCUGUGCCUGCAAGCCGAGAUCCCGGCCAUGAUCUCCACCGCCGGCGGAGGCUCGAUCGUCAACACGACGUCCACGCUCGGAACCGUUGGCGACAAAGGCUCGGUGGCGUAUAUCGCCUCCAAGCAUGGCGUGGUAGGACUCACCCGCGCUGCGGCGAUGGACUAUGCGGAGAGUGGGAUCCGCGUGAACGCACUCGCUCCUGGAUUAACCGAGACGGCGAUGACGAAGAACUGGCUUGCUGAUGCCGAGACAAAAAACACGCUGCUGUCAAACAUUCCAAUGAAGCGACAGGCUGCGCCCGCGGAAAUGGUGGAUAUGGUUUUGUUUCUGUUGUCUGAUGCCUCCAGCUAUGUUACUGGUCAGGUAAUGACUGUCGACGGAGGAAUGACUAUGCACUGAUCUACGAAUGGAAACAAGAAUGAAACUAUACUCAAAUUCAUUACUCACCAACUAACCACAAUCAUUAU